AUGACGUCGCGGUCGCGCGUCGUCUCCCGCGGCGUCGCCGCCGCCGCGGCGCUCGCGUCGCGUCGCGCGUCCCCCGCGCUCGCGCGCGCGUCCCCCGCGAUGAGCUCCCGGCUCGGCGGCGGCCGCCACCGAGCGGACGACGACGAUCGCGACCGACGCCGGCGUCCGAUCGAUCGCGGCGCCGUCCUCGACGCAACGCGCGGGUUCGCCGCCGCGUCCGCCGCGCCGCGAUGGACCCCGACGGCGGGGUCCUCCUCCUCCUCCGCCGCGUCGUCGUCGUCGUCGUCGUUCUCGUCCUCCGCGGCGGGCUCGAGCUCGAGCGACCAGACGACGACGCCCGCGACGAAGACGAGCGUCGGCCGGCCGUCGCCGUCCGACGGACUCGAGACGCGCGUCCUGUACCGAGGCCCGUGGCUCCUGACGUUCCGCGCGCUCGUCCGCUUCAAGGUGUUCCAGCUGAUGGGCUCCUCCGCGGCGAUCGUCCCGCUCGUCGCGUACCUGAACGACGACCCGCUGAGCGCCGGGACGAUGGCCGCGGUGGGCGGCGUCCUCGUCGGCACCGCGGCGUCGUCGUACGCGUUGCAAUUUUACGCCGAACGGUUCGUCGGGGAACUCUCUCUCGUGUGGAAGGACCCGGCGCGACCGGGGGUGAGGAUAAGCACGCUCGACUUUUGGGGGAACAGGGUGAACGAAGACGUGGACGUAACGUCCAUCGUCCCGCCGUUACGAGACGCGAGCGAAGACGCGCUGCACGAGAUGGCGCGCGCGAUGUUCGUGCCGUUGGAGCUGACGGGCGGGCCGGAGAAGCAGCACGUGCUGAGCUUGCGUCACGGGGAGCUGCGGGAUAAGACGCGGCUGUUUAAGCUGUUGAGCGGGAGGGAGGUAGACGUCCCGAGCGGCGGCGGCGGCGGCGGCGGCGGCGGCGAGAAGAAGAAGGAGAAGUAGCGUGGCGAAGGAGGCGAAUGGCGAUGAAUGAAAGAAUGAAUCCCGUUUAAAAUA